AUGAAGGGGUUUCGAUUCUGUGCUCAUUUCAGGACGCCGCUUUCAGUUGUAGAAAUAGGUCGAGCGAAUCGCAGGCGUCAUGCUGAAUGUGGUGGUAUAGUGGGCAAUCGUAAUGGCGUUGGUCCAUUGGAGCUGGAAGCGAUUGCUUCGGUGCAUGAGCUUUCCAGUGAAGUACGCUCAAUUGCUGUCUCUGAAAUGCUGCCACGCACCGCCGAUCUGAUCUUCGUCAACAUCAAAACUGUCGAAGGUCGUCCUUAUACGCUAGAACUAACGAUGAAAGGAUGGCGAAUCGCAGCGUUACAAUGGGAUAGCAUGAAUGGCGAUUAUACGCAAGUAUCUUUGCUUGCUUGA